AUGCCGAUGCCCAGGACUAAGGUUCAAGGGCUCGGCGCCCACGUCUCGAGCAUGGCGAACAGCGCCCGGGGCUACGUCUUUGGCAGCGGAGACCGAAGCUCACAGCAAUCAAAGAGCCUUAAGGGCGGCGCUGGUCUGUUAGGAGACGAUUCAUCUUCCGACUCGAACAGUAGCGAUAGCGACAGCGAAAUCUCCGACGCCGAGGGCACCCAGAGCUUCCUCUCCAAAAUCAACGCUGCGACCGCAUCUAAGAAGGCCAGGGCAAGCGAGUCCGCCGCAAAGUCCAGCGCAACAAAGUCUGCGCCCGGCGACACUCCGAGGCCGAAAACUCUCGAGCCGGCACAAAAGAACGGAACGAAGGCAAUCAUCAAGUCUCCCGCGGUCUCCUCGUCGCUGUCAAAAAUAGCCGCGAUCAAAAAGGAGUCCGCCAAGGAUGAUUCAGAUACGACCAGUUCCGACAGCAGCUCGGAGGAGGACUCUUCAAGCUCGGAAUCUAGCGACAGUGACGAGAGUGGCGACGAAGCGAAGGAUGCGGGCGCAAAACUUGACACUGAGAGCGGCAAAAAGGCGGCCCCUCCCGCGAAGACUGGCGAUGAUAGCUCAUCGGAGAGCGACAGCGAGAGUGAGGAGGAGGUCGCAAAUGCCAAAAGCUCCAAGUCCAAGGCUACCAAAGUCUCGACCCAAGUCUCGAAGCCCACCAAGGCUGCCGCCAAGGAGGCCACCAAGGAGGUCGCGCUAGCUUCCGACUCGGACUCGGAGUCUAGUGAGGAUGAGGCCGAACAGAGUCUCAAGACGAAGGCCAUGGCCAAAAAGGGAGCUGCCAGCGCAGUCUCAAACGGCAGCGCCAAGUCCAAAGACGCUUCCUCACUGGCCAAGGCCCCCAACGUUGCCGCCGAGGAGAGUUUCUCGGAGGACCACUCAGACGUCGAGAUGGCUGACGAGUCCUUUGCGCUCGCCCGAACCGACGACGUUGAUCCUGACGCUGUGGAGGAGUUCGUCCGGGAGGGCUUCCAACUGCGCAAAGCCUCGGAAAACACGCAAGCGAAUGAGGUACUUGAGAUGUUCAAGAAAGCGAAGCGUGAGGGCAAGCAGAUUUGGUACUUCACCACUCCGGCCUCGGUUCCCAUCAGCGUGAUCGAGAAGAUGGAGUUUCCAAUGAAGAAUGCUCAGACGGGAGACUCGAUCGUUUCGCACGACGGCGUCGACUACGGUGUCGACCUGGGAGCCAGUGGAAAGCCCAGUACUUUCCAGAUUCUUGUUCCUGCAAAGAAGGGCGCAAGCUACGAUAUCGUUGAUCGGCCGGUGGACCACACGAUGCACCUCAAGAGGAUUACACAGCUGGCAGCCACAGACUUCACAGCCAAGCCCAAGCCACAGGUGUCGCACUCGAAGCCUCCCAGGCCACAGCCGGCAGACCUGAAGCGCCGUUUCACUCCCAUAGGUGUUCCGACGCCAGUUCUCCCCCCUCUCGUGCCCAACCCGAAGAAGAGGGGCGGCGAUGUUGCCAUGGUGGAUGCUGUAAUUGAAGGCAAAGAUGAAAACCAGAGGUCUUCCAAAAAAUCCAAGAAGCGCAAGCUGGCCGACGACGCUGUCAAGGCCUCCAAGGAGGAGAAAAAGGCAAAGAAGGCCAAGACUGCUUCCGAGGAACAGGCGACCAAGGCCAACGCCGGAGCUUCCCUCGCAAACUCGCAGCCGAUCAAGAAGGCAUCCCCUGUGCCAGUGCCGAGUCCCGGCGGACGCGCGCCGUAUUUCUCGCAGCCGGCACCCUCCGCCGCAGCUUCAGUCUCGACGCCAGUAACAAGCAAACGCAAGAAGAGCAAGUCGGGCGAAAAGGCGAAUGACACACCGGCCACCGACACUCUGUCCAGCAAAGUGAAAAAGUCCAAGAAAACCAAGUCGGAUGCGUCGGUUAGGCAGACGCCAGUUCCCAUCCCCACAAUCCCCGGUCUAAAGAAGUGA